AACAAUGACAUUUUAAAAUAUUGUUUCUCGCGUUUGCGGUUGUUGUUGUUUUGAUUAAUUAUUUCUAACAGAUUGCAUAUUUUUUUUAAGUUAUUUAACCUAGAUUUCGUUGAACGAAACAAAGCUUUAAAAAUGGAGAUAUGUUCAACCAGUCCGGCGUACACAGAUGAAGAAUUCGCUGAUAUGUUACAGUGCUACAUCGAUAGUGGAAAGAAAAUUGAAUUAACCCAAAUGUACUACAUAAAUAGAUAUCCUGAUCGCAGAGAACCAAAACUGAAAACCUUAGAGGAGGUCGUUCAAAAGUACCUCAAAAACGACGAUUCUAAUGACACGGCGAGCUCUCAAAUGGAAACUAAGAACUGUAGUAUUAUAAACUAUUUUAAAAACAAUACACACGCUACUAGUAAGAAGGCUGCUAGUAUAUUUAAUGUUAAUUCCUCUUAUAUUGACAAAUUAGUUGAAGAAAGAAAGGCUGAGUUACGAGAAAAGCAAAACGUGAGAAUCACCCAAAAAGAAAAGAGAUUUAACUAUGAUGAAAAAAUAGAUAAACACGAUUCGAGCGAUUCAGAUGCACCCUUAAUGGAUAUAGUGGAAGAUGUCGGUGAUUUUGAUAUAAUAGCAGAAACGCCCGUUAUAACAAUCAGUGAAACUAGCAACAGAGACACCAGUGAUGAUCUUGAAUACUACGAAACCAAAAAAAGGAAGAAAAAACGUAAAAAAACAAAAUACUCAAAAGGAAGUCAAAAAAAGCUGAGGAUAUCUGAAAACAACGAAGAAAACAUGGAAAAUAUCUUGGAAACAUUUCAAAAUCAAAUUCCCAUAAUAUACACCACGAGAUUAGAGGAAAUGGCGAUUUCUUAUAAGAACCUACAGUAUGUGCAUAAUGCACGUGUGUUACAGGAUAUUUUGUUGCAAAGCAAACCAAAGUACAAAGGACAUGUAUCAAAUAUACAACUAACAAAAGUGAGAUUCAAAUUAUUAGAAGAGGUAUUAAACAAAUUAAAGAAAAGUGAAACAUUCAAUAUUCAAAAAAAACAAACAACACAAAACGUUGGAAACGAUAAUAACGUUAGUAAAGUAAUUGUAUCUAGUCUUAUUAAUCCAAAAGAGCGUACAAUUAAUUCAGGACAGAGUGCAGAUAUUGGUUGGAGUAAAAAUUGUAAUGUAAUUAUAGAAAUGAAUAACCUGUUUUCAAAUAUUCGUGAUAUCUACGUAAUCAAUUCUAAAGGUAAUCUUAUUGAGUAUUGUUGUACCAAAACUAGUGACCGUAAAAAGCAAUUUGACAGAUCCAAAUUUAGAUGGACAUUAGACUUGUGUUGUUGGUUUCAAAGGCAGCACAAAAUUGAAUCAAUUUGGCCUCGUGAUGAAUAUCCCUUUUCACGUUUUCUAACUACAACACAUACAUGUCGUCCAGGUCGUUGUAUCUGUUGUUGCAAACCACAAGCGACGACACAAACUACUGAAACAAUUUUUUGUAAACCUACUUGCACUCUUCAAUCUUCAGAUAACUUUUUAAAGGAAUACUUCAAUAUCUCCAAUGAAAACAACACAAGCCUAAUAUCAAGAGCGUUAAGAUAUGAAAAGCAGGAGGAUAAUAAAAAUAUAAAUACUGUAUACCAUUCGAAACAGUAUUUUAAAAGUCCAAUAAAUACUCAACAACAGUUUUUAUUAAUUGAACCUGUAAACAAUGUAGAAAAAAAUAAAGUAUCACAUGAAUUUUGUGAACUUGAUCAAAAUAAAGAACUUUCCUAUUAUCGCGUUGAAAUUUGUUGUAAAAAUACAUACUUAAGUAUAUACGGUAAUAAUCUAAGACGAGCUUUUUGCUGCUCCUGGAAUCGAAAUUAUUGUCUUUAUGGAGAAUAUAAACAGUCUUCAAUAACGGCUGGCACGUUCAGAUUUUUAAAAAAAGCGUUAGCACCACACAAUACGUGUUACCAAUGCAAAGCAGGGUCAAUAAACAAAAAUACACAUUUAACAACGAAUGUGCCAAAAAUAGAACAUUCAAGGCCGUCGGUAAAAUCCACGUUAUUAAAAAUUGGUAAGAGUACACAAAAGUCAACUGUUAAUAUAAAUGCACGUUGCCUAGAAGAACCAGGCUUUUUAAUGGAAAUUAAAAACGUUGAUAUUAAUGUAGCAACAGUGGUUGUAAAUAGAAUUAGGGAAAUGAGUUUAACCGUUAAAGAAGAUCGAAAAUUGUUAGCGACUCUGAAAUCAUCACUUGAUAUAACAUCUGGCGAAGAUUUUGGAAUUAUUACACAACUAUUGCAAAAUAUACAAAAAUAUCUACCGUGUAUACCUGCAAUGGUUCCAGGGACAGCUAUUCAUUUGAUAGUAGAAAUCGAUAACGUAUCUCAGAGAUUACAUAAUCUUGGUUUAAAUGUUGCCUGUAACACCAAACAAACUAAAAACUACGUAUCAUCAAUUGAUACCAGUGAUAUAUCGAAUUGUAAUAAACAAACCAGUACUGGUUCAUUAAAAACAAAUGAAGGUAGAGGGAAGAUUCCGAACAAGGCAAACGAUGUUAGCAACCGUACUGAGAAUAACAGUCCGUCAUUUGAAACUAGUAAUGUAUCGAAUGCUGAUAAACAAACCAGUACGGGUUCAUUAAAAACAAAAGGCGGUAGAGGGAAGAUUCGGAACAAGGCAAAUGAUGUUAGCAACCGUACUGAGAAUAACAGUCCGUCAUUUGAAACUAGUAAUGUAUCGAAUGCUGAUAAACAAACCAGUACGGGUUCAUUAAAAACAAAAGGCGGUAGAGGGAAGAUUCGGAACAAGGCAAAUGAUGUUAGCAACCGUACUGAGAAUGACAGUCCAUCAUUUGAAACUAGUGAUGUAUCGAAUGCUGAUAAACAAACCAGUACGAGUUCAUUAAAAACAAAAAAAGGCAGAGGUCGGAUUCGGAACAAGGUAAAUCACGUUAGCAACCGUACUGAUAAUGACGUUCCGUCAUUUGAAACUAGUGAUGUAUCGUAUGCUGAUAAACAAACGAGUACGGAUUCAUUAACAGCAAUAGGCAGUGGUCCGACUCGGAGCAACGAAAAUGAUAUUGUGAUACCAAAUAAAAUGGAAGCAUAUAAUAAUUUUGCAAAAAAUAUUAAAUGUAGUAAAAAAUGUUAUAUGGAUUCAUUCAAAUCACAUUUAAAACACGCAAAAGGUGAUGAUGAUGAUAUGAGUCUACCAAAAGUAGCUAGUGUGUUCUCAUUACAAGAUUUGACGAAAAAUAAUGAGCUAGUUUCACCAGUGGGCUUGACAGUUCAAGAUCCAUUGUCAAUAAAACCAGCACAGUUUCUCACCACACCACAAGAAUCAAGAUCCGAUCUAGCUAAAUCCUCUACUGAUUCUUGCAUUAUACUCAUCCCCGUCCAUAAUCAAUUAAACCCAAAUACCUUUUCUGGAGUAAGCCACCAUUUAUCUUAUUUUCAAACCUUAACUCCAAUUAAUAAAUCUAUAAUUCCUAGUAAACUACCGGAUAUAAUAAAUGACAUUCCUAAAAACAUAAAUGGCACCGAGUAUACAGUUGUGAAAGAUGAGAGAGAUAAUGAAGUUGUACUUUUGGAUUCUGAUUAGCUAAACUGAGUUAAAACAGUUUGUGCAUCUAAUAGGAGGCAUUAAACCCGCUCCGCAGAAGAAGAACCGAGGUAGAAGGCACCGAUAUGCGCACCUCGUCCCACCCUUGUGUGACACCAUUAAGUGCAGUGACGCGUCGUGAUGUGAAUCCCAAAUACUCGUUGUACGGAGGUAGCUCCGCUGGGUUUUAAUGGGUGUAAGGACCCUCGUCUUUACCAUAAGAUAAGCUAAUGACUGGCUCAUGCCUACACUGGUAUGGCAAGCAGACCGCACACGACCACUCCGGUCUAGCGCCGGUGACAGACUGUCAUUUUUUGCCAUUGCCAUUGCCAUUGCCCCCACUACCAAUGUACAUGAGACAGUAUAUGUAGUAUUGUAGGUAUCUAUUUAGUAGGAACAAACACUACAAUGGGUAUUCUGGUACGCCAGUGAAUCCCGCAUAUCCGGGCUUAGACUGCAUCAUUCCGCCUUUGCAGUAUCUGGCCGGUAUGCAUAAAAGCAUUUCCCAAAAAAAAAAAGUAUUUGCAUCGUAAACAUCAAAGAAUCAACCAAUUCCUGCUUAAACAAUAGGGAUGAUGACAGAUUUUUAAAUCUAUACUUCUAUACUAAUAUUAUAAAGAGGUAAAGUUUGUAAGUUUGUAAGUUUGUCACAUUUUUUUAAAUGGGGUAAUCUUCGGAACUACUGGUCCGAUUUCAAAAAUUCUUUCACCAGUAGAAUGCUACAUUAUCGGGGAGUGCUAUAGGCUAUAUUUUAUAUUGGUAUCAUAUAUAUUAGCCGAGUUAUCUUUUACUUUACCUCUUUGAGAACUUUACCUCUUUAUAUUAUUAGCAUAGAAGUCUCUACUUCUCUUGGUCAUGCCACCACUCUCGAGGGACUGGACCGAUUUCGCUAAGGGUAGGAGUAAGAUAGAGAAGUUACAGGGUAGGGUAGGGUAGGUAAGCGUAGGAGUAGUGUAGGGGUAGGGUAGGUUUAGGGCCGGGUUUAGGGUAGUGGUAGGAUAGAGGUACGGGUAGGAUAGGGAAGUGGUAGGGUAGGGGUAGGAUAGGCGUGAGAUAGGGGUACGAAAGGGAUAGGGUUCGGGGAGGGUAGGGGUAGAAUGGGGGUAGGGUGUAGGUAAGGUAGGGGUAGGGUAGGGGUAGGGGUAGGGUAGGUGUAGGGGUUGGGUAGGGUAGGGUUGGGGUAGUGGUAGGGUAGGGGUAGGGUAGGGUAGGGGUAGUAGUAAAGUUGACAUCGAAAUUUACGCGGACGAAGUCGCGGGCGUCCGCUAGUUGUAUAUAAAUUAGGAGUAUGCUUAUAAUAAAGCAAUUUUCUAAAAGUAACAGGGUAUCUGCGAUCAUUACUUUCGGAGCUACAGGAAUUUAAAGUGUCAGAUUUGCGGCGCUGCCACGGAUCCCUGAAAAAAAUGGCACGAAUUAAUGACGAAUUGAUUCGCUGAUCGUUAGAUUUAUAUGGGCGUUCAAACAAAAUUAAAGAAAAUUACAAAUAUCUUUGUUAUUGCGUGUUGCAUGUGCGUUUGUGUUUAUAGUUCACAUAUUGAAAAAUGUCACGUUUUAUGUAAAAAAGCUAAAAAUGUAUGAAUUUUCAUCUAAAUAUAAAAGAAUUUUAGUAAAUUUUGAAAUUUUAUAAUCUUAUUUAUUUUGCAAAUAUCCAGUAAAUUUUUGGUUUUUACAUAAUAAUCAGUUAAUAUUGACCUUAUGUACCGGAAUGUCUCGUAAAAAUAAUUAUAUUUAAACCUAGUCAUCAUCCCCAUUACUAUUAUUAACACAAUAAUAUAUAAAAAACGAAAAAUAUCUUUGUUAACAUUUUAUUUACACACUGUUGUAUAUUUAUACCUAUUGUAUUUUGUGGUACCUAUUAGCCUUGCGCGUCUAUCACCAGCAACAGAUGCCCGAGAACAAUAUCCUUCAAUGUCUCGGACCAAUUACCUUUGGACUUAAUUCGCACUCAAAUUCACCAAUAAAUUGUCUGUCGUUUUUGAGGUGCCGAGGAAAACUUACACACAACUAUAAAUUUAAAUUCUAAUACACUUAGGUGUAAUCACAAUGAAACAUCGAUUCUAUAAACGCAGUUUGUAUAAACACGUCAAAUCGUGAUCAUAUACUUUUGACGCUGACAGAAGGGUAACAUCUAGCGAGGCAGGUCCUAUGGUAAUUGAUCUGAGUUCAUUGUAUAUCAUAAGAUAGAAUAUGUUCCUAACCUAGCAUAUGCAACAAAAGAGCUAGCGAAAGUAACGCCGCUUUUACACGGCAGUUCGGUUUUUUGCAGGAUCCCGUUUUCAGCAGGAUCCCAUUUAAUAAUGAAUGUGUAAUAUGCUAACGUUCACACGAGCAUCCCGCAUGCGAGAUCCUGCAAAAAACCGAUCCGGUCCAAUUGUGCCAUUCGGUUUUGUCACUAGACUAUCCGUACGAGCAUCCCACAUGGGGGAUCCAGCAGAAAACCGAUCCGGUCGAAUUGUGCGAUUGGGUUUGUUACUAGAAACUGUAUCCGUAGUCCAAUAAAAAGCAGAAUCUCGUUUAAUCACACAUAUAUUUCAAUAGCAGUGUUCACACGGCUUCCUGAGUGCGGUUUUUCCAUUUCACCUGAUAACUGGACGUAGAAAUGGCAGAUUUUUUACCGGAUCCUGCAAAACUGAACUGUCAUGUGAACACAGCGUCUAGUUUUGCAGGAUACAGUAAAAAUCCGAUCCUGCAAAACUAGAAUGCAGUGUGGAAGGGGAGUACUCCUGCUUUGUUGCAGGUAUCGCAACGCAUUGUAAGCCGUCAAUCUGUAUAACAUAUGCUUAUGCUAUUGUACUUAUAUCAUAUUCAAGUAAAAUUUCUGUACGCACGCUUGACUUGGGGAUUAAGCUGGUAAAUACGUUACGAAAAAUGUAAUCGGGCGAGGUGAACGGACGUUGAGACUUGAGAGGGAGAACGAAAGCUUUACUUGAGUUGUGUGGUCUAAAGCACAAAAAUAAUAAUGUUUUUUUUUUCAUUUACGCUUGUUGCUGGUACAAGUAGUUAGGUAUCUAUAUUGUAUAUGUGUCCACCAAUGUUAAUUAAGAAAGUCAAAGUUAAUUAGUUAUUUUGUUGUAAGUAGGUACUGUAAAUAGGUAUUAAAAAAUAAAUACAUAUAUGGUUGUCGAAUUUU